GGCUGCGCGCGCCGCCUGGGCCUCCCCAGCGCCCCGCCUGUCUCCGCGUCAGCCCCCCAAGCCCGACCCACACGUGGGUUCCAGCACGUCCGCCGGCUCCCCCCUCUGACGUCAGCCUAGCUGAUCCUCUUAAGGCCCCUCCCGCGCCCGGCGCCGAGUGCUGGAGCCGCUGCCGCCGAGUCCGGAUCUCGUUUCUGCGCGCCCCCGACGCCCGCCAGACGUGCACUCCCGAUUCCUUUUGGUUCAAAGUCCAAUAUGGCAACUCUCAAGGAUCAGCUGAUUCAUAAUCUUCUGAAGGAAGAACAGGCCCCCCAGAAUAAGAUUACAGUUGUUGGGGUUGGUGCUGUUGGCAUGGCCUGUGCCAUCAGUAUCUUAAUGAAGGACUUGGCAGAUGAACUUGCUCUUGUUGAUGUCAUGGAAGACAAAUUGAAGGGAGAGAUGAUGGACCUUCAACAUGGCAGCCUUUUCCUUAGGACACCAAAAAUUGUCUCUGGAAAAGACUACAAUGUGACUGCAAACUCCAAGCUGGUCAUUAUCACAGCUGGGGCACGUCAGCAAGAGGGAGAAAGCCGUCUAAAUUUGGUUCAGCGCAAUGUGAACAUCUUUAAAUUCAUCAUUCCUAAUGUUGUAAAAUACAGCCCAAACUGCAAGUUGCUUGUUGUUUCGAAUCCAGUGGAUAUCUUGACCUAUGUGGCUUGGAAGAUAAGUGGCUUUCCCAAAAACCGUGUUAUUGGAAGUGGCUGCAAUCUGGAUUCAGCCCGAUUCCGUUACCUAAUGGGAGAAAGGCUGGGAGUUCAUCCACUGAGCUGUCAUGGGUGGGUCCUUGGAGAGCAUGGGGACUCUAGUGUUCCUGUAUGGAGUGGAGUGAAUGUUGCUGGUGUCUCCUUGAAGAAUCUGCACCCAGAUUUAGGCACUGAUACAGACAAGGAACAGUGGAAAGAGGUUCACAAACAGGUUGUUGAGAGUGCUUAUGAGGUGAUCAAACUGAAAGGCUAUACAUCCUGGGCCAUUGGACUGUCUGUGGCAGAUUUGGCAGAAAGUAUGAUGAAGAAUCUUAGGCGGGUGCAUCCAAUUUCCACCAUGAUUAAGGGUCUUUAUGGCAUAAAGGAUGAUGUCUUCCUUAGUGUUCCUUGCAUCUUGGGCCAGAAUGGUAUCUCAGACCUUGUGAAGGUGACUCUGACUUCUGAGGAAGAGGCUCGUUUGAAGAAGAGUGCAGAUACUCUCUGGGGGAUCCAAAAAGAGCUGCAAUUUUAAAGUCUUCUAAUAUCAUACUACUACACUGUCUAGGCUACACCAGGAUUUUAGUUGGAGCUUGUGCACGCUGUCCUUUUCACUUGAUCUGUGAUUAAAGCAGUCAAUUAAGAUGGACUGGGAAGAACAUCAAUUCCUAAAGUUAGAAAUCGGAAUGGUUCAUAAAAAUACAGCUAUAUCCUGAUGCUGGAUGGUACUUAUCUUGUGUAGUCCUAAACUGGUUAGUAUGAAAUAGUUUACCACCUCUGAGGCACCACUGCCAAUCUGCACAUACUGCAGUUGCCCCUCAAAUCACAUGCGUAUUUACUGUGUGUUAUGUAACUUCCCGGUUCUUUCACCGAAUAUGCCUAGUCCAGCUGUUUUUCUCCCGUCGGUCACAUCCUGGGAUCCAGUGUAUAAAUCCAGUAUUGCAUGUCUUGUGCAUAACUGUUCUGAAGGAUCUUAUUUUGUGUGCUAUUUGUAUCAGUAGUGUACAUUACCAUAUAAUGUAAAAAGAAAGAUCAAUGCAACCAACUAUCCAAGUGUCAUACCAACUGAAACAUAAAAUAAACCUUGAACAGUGA